AUGAGCGAAAAAGAAAACAAUCGAACGAUCGAAAAGAUUCCGGAAGAUGUUUGUCGACGAAUUUGCACUGGUCAAGUGGUGUCUACAUUAAGUAGUGCUUGUAAGGAACUGAUCGAUAACGCGCUUGAUGCUGGUGCGAAUACGUUGGGUGAGUUCAUCGACUAUUGUUUAAUAGCUGACUGUAAAGCUCAUGCAACGUCCAAAUUGAAUGAUAUCACCGACUUCAGUCGUCUUAGCACGUUUGGAUUUCGUGGAGAGGCACUUCACGCACUGUGUGCCAUAAGUAGUGUUGUAGUAACAACUCGUCAUAUUGAUGAAACAAUGGCUACCCGAAUGGUUUUCGAUCAUAAUGGAUGUAUUGUAUCACGUGAAUCAUGCGCUAGACCGGCGGGUACAACAGUAGUGGUGAGCAAUCUGUUCGAAACGUUACCAGUUCGUCGUAAAGAAUUGCAACGAACAGCCAAGAAAGAGUUCUGUAAACUGUUGAAUGUUGUUCAAACAUUCGCGCUAUCACGUACCGACAUACGAUUCUCUAUCGCUAGUACAUCGAACGGGAAACGUCAGCAAGUGCUCUCAACACCCGGUGGGAAUGCAACAAUAAAAGACGUAUUAGUAACUCUAUUUGGAGCACGUUCAAAUAAGAAUGCUGUUCUUGAUAUUGUACAGCGUCUGCCAAACGAUCAAAUCUGCAUCUUGUAUGGAGUUGACGCUGAGAAGAGUGUUCCCAUUUUUGCAGAGAUUAAACUUAGCGGCUAUGUCAGCUCGUGUGUACACGGACACGGUAGAAGUAGCAACGAUCGUCAGUUCAUUUAUUUCAACAGAAGACCCGUUCAUUAUCCAAAGUUAUGUCGUGUUGCGAACGAAGUUUAUCAGCAAUACAAUCAAGGUUAUUACUGCAUGCUUGUACUAUUCGUUGAAGUGCCUCCAGCAAUGACAUCAUCAAAUGAUCAUAGUUUGAAUGAAUGCACUGCAAAUGUUGAUUCCAUUUCGGUGACUAGUGAAUGUGACAAACUGGUUGAAGCAUCAAAAGAUGGUCGUACGGCCACUUUGAAUGACAUUCUUCAUUCAACAGCAGUUAUUCCUCACCAUCACGGAAAAAACGAAGGGCAACCGCAGACUAUGGUGGAUGGAACAAGAAAACGAGGUGCUGCGAAAGUAUUGGAGAGUUUUGCAUUCAAAGUGAUCACUCAUGAACGAAAGACUGAUGACGACGACACGAUGCUAACAGCAGUUAAGCGAAACAAACCAGCAGCUGAGGUGAUUGAUGAUUUUGUGGCGAAUACUGCAAAUGAGGACGAUCUUGACGAAUCCUCUUCGAAUACAACACUCGUUCGCGAUCGAAACGCGUCUGUCCCAACAACCAAUCCAAGAGUAGUGACAUUGCUUGACGGCUAUCAAAAUCACCAAUCAAAAAUGGCACCGAUCAAUAUCGGUCAACUGCAUCAGAUAAGUGGUUUCAGUAGCGAUUAA